UGCUAUUUUGGAAAAGCAAAUUUCAUGAUGGUUCCUCGGUGGACAUGAUGGCUUGGGGGAACCAUGAUGGUCAGUAUGUGGAGGAUGACAAGUUCUUUUUCGAUUGGAUCUUGGCAGCAAACGGAGGUGGAGCCAUCAGUAAAUAUAAAAAAAAUUAAACACAAGUGAAUUAACAAAAGAAUAAACAAAGUGGUGAAAACUAAAGAAAUAAUUAAAAACAAAUGAAAACUUUACAAUGAUUUCAAAUAACUUGAAAAAUAAAAGAAUAAAAGAAAUCGAAAAGCUUAAAGAAAGUAAAGUUGUAAAAAAACCUGUGAAAUAAAAAAGGAAACAUUUAUUAAAGAAGAAAACACUGAAAAGAAAUAAAAAAAAAUCAAAUCAUAUAAUGUAAAGUUUAAAGCUAAAAAAACUUAAGUCUAAAAAAAAGCUAAAGCCAAGACUCCUCCACCUCCACUGCCACACACAUAAAAGACUUCAGCUGCUGCAAUUGGCAUAUCCACAACCCCUGUCGCUACUCCACCGAGGGACCUAGACGCUGUCGCAUACCCCAGUGUCCAUAAGUUAGUGAUUUUUUUGUUCAGCGCGAUAACAAGAAAAAUAGAAAUAAAUUACAAGCGGGCGGAUUUGAUUGUACGAGACAAGCAGAUUGAAAUACUCCCUAUUCCGUCAUAACGACCGUCUUCACUUUGGAAGAACUGAGCAACGAUUGUUGACAUCCAAGAUAUUACAGAAGAACACAAAACAUGGUUUCAACUCCUGCAAUAAAGAAAUGUAUAUAUUUCUUCGAUAUUAUUUGUCUGCUUCUGGCAGCUGUCCUUAUUGGUUUCGGCACAUACAUCCUCUGCACAAACAAUACAAAUGAUGUUGCUUCGAUGGGAGCGUAUGGCUACAUUGCCAUUGGCGUGGCCACAUUUGUGGUAUUUAUAUUUUUAAACUUUGGCGCCAUCCGUGAGAAUGUUGGGUGCACAGUGACGUUUAUGGUGUUAAUGGUUAUUGUCAUUCUUGCUCAAUCUGUCAUUGUCAUCUUCAUGAUAGUUGGUCGUAAUUCUGUUGCCUCCAAUAUAUCGAAUACCCUAGAUGCAACAUGGGAGGAAGAACUCAAAAACGAGGGUGCCAUGUCCAUCUACGAAGAGUGGCUCGUUUGUUGUGGCCGCGCCAGCCCUCAGGAUUACAUUGUCAGUGGACGAUUGCCUCCAUCGACAUGUUUCACCAAUGGUAACCAAAAUGCAGCUGAAGAUCUGAUAGAAACCGGAUGCCGCAUAAAAUUCGAAGACUAUUGGCGCCAUUUGUUGAAUAUCUUCAAUAUCCUUGGAUGUGUUUUAAUUGGACUGGAGGUGCUAGUAUCCGUGUUCGCCCUCCGCUUUUGUAUCAGCAUGGGCAAUGAUCGACGACGUUCAUACUACUAAAGGAAUGCCCUUGCGCGAAGGGUUGUGAUUAUCCCGAAAUCCCCUCUUCUCUGUAGGACUCGCUUUCGAUCAAACGUCGCACAGUGGGAUGAGAUCGAAAAAAACUAGUAAAAAAUCUGCCGUCGGGAACGGGUAGAGAUAAGCCUAAGGGAGAAUGUGCGAAAGUCCAAGCCACGGCUGUCUCUUGACAGGCCCCUAAAUGGCUAAAUCUUCAUUUGUGAUCAGAUAUCCAAAUUUUUUUGCUGGAUAGUGCUCAAAUGUUUCUACAAAAUAGUCCGCUUGAAGUUUAUAAUAUCUGUUCGGGUAACAGCAAAAAUUCGACUUUUAUUUAUUGAUAUUUGGCCAAAGUCGGCUGCGUCUUUUGCGAUGCACAUAGGCCUUUGUGGUCCGAUUUUCAUUUUGAUUUGGAUUGCUGGCAAAAUUUACAACGCCCUUGCACCCCAAAGGGGUGUCCACAACCGACUAUUCUGUAAAAAGUUAUAACAAUUGAUAUGUUUCAAUUUUUUGGAAAAAACAAGUAUUUUCACUGAUUAGUCUUUAUCCUACCCGUUUUCAAACGGCAGAUUUUUGACUAGUUUUUUUCGAUUCCAUCCCACUGUGCGUCACAUUUUUCGUUUAUAUAUAAAACCGAAACUGUUAGUCUUUUGUCUAAUUCGAUGUCAUUCAAGUUUGUCUCUGCCCUACACACUAGAGUUAUAGCAACCAAACGGUAGUGACAAAUUCUUUUGCCGGUUGUAAAGUUAAUAAUAUAAGUAAAUAUAUAUUUACGGCCUUAUUCACAAAACUUAAUGUAGAUUUGUAAUAGGUUUAUUUGACAGAUUCCCCUUACAGAACUGUCAAAUAAACAUAUUUCAAAUCUACAUUAAGUUUUGUGAAUAAGGCUGUUAUUGUUAAAAACGUUAAGUGAAAAGUUAUGUAGAAAGAGACACAAAUUUUUUGAGCAGCUAACCUAACUACACCAAUUUUGGAUGAAAAUUCGUUACAAUUUGUAAAUGUUAUAAAAAUGUAUAUUUUAUUAAACAAGAAAACUAAUAAUAAAAAUAUUUUUUUCUAUUUUGUUAAAA